AGUUUAUUUAGCUACAAUCACCUCAUCAGUACUAACUACUACAACGCAUAAAUAUUAUUGUUUUUAGUCUAUUAUUAUAUUAUAUUAAUUCGUGGUAACUACUUUUUGAUAUCAAUAUUCUUCACUACAAUCGAAGACUACAGUUAAUAAUUAUUAUUUACUGCGAUCAACAACUUCCGAACGAUUCAGUCAACUGAACACUUGUGACGAACAUCUGAUUCUUUUUGAAUGAUGAAGUAUCAUACAUUUUUGUUAUGUGUUACGUUUUUGAUAAACAAUUUAAUAUUAUUGAGUGAACAGAGAGUAUUAAACCAUGAACAGCUUGAAGAUAAAUUUUCGCUAUCGUUUAAAGACCUAUCAAAAAACUAUAUGAGUCAAGAUACAUCAAAAAAUACGCAUUUACUUGAUGAUUAUUUUAAAGCAGUCCAGAAAAUUAUAGAUCCUGUUAAGGAAGAGCUUAAUUCGGAUAAAGAAAGAGUGACACCAGUUGUAGAGUGUCUACUAUGCAAAGUACUAGUAGGUUUAUCUCAAGUGUUAAUGGAAUCUAUGAAAACAAUGGACGAAAUACAAGAUUUAUUAACGAAAUUGUGUAUAUUUAUUAAAAUCAAAGAUGAUAAUAUAUGUAGGGGAAUAAUAAAAGAAUUUAAGGAGGAAGUACUUAGCGUAUUCGAUUUGGUUGUAUUAUCACCGGAGAAUUUUUGUGGAACAAUCUUUGGGGAACAAUGUGCCCAUGUCCAUCACCCACAUGAAUUCUGGAAUAUUACCUUAAACAAUAUACCGAAACCACCUGUUACCUCAUUAAAAUAUCCUAAACCUGGAUUACCGACAUUAAGAAUAUUACAAUUGUCCGAUAUUCACGUUGAUUUUAAUUACAAAGUUGGCGGUAAUGCAGAAUGUAACGAACCUGUUUGUUGCAAAGACAUUGAUGGACAGCCCAAAGGAAAACCGGCUGGUAAAUGGGGAGAUUAUAGACAGUGCGAUACACCCCGCCAUACUCUAGAAAGCCUUUUUAAGCAUUUGAAAAAAAAUGAAAAGUUCGACGCAAUUUAUUGGACUGGUGACUUGCCUGGUCACAACGUAUGGAAUCAAACGCGAAAUGGUCAACUAGAACUUUUAGAUUACUUAGCCAAUACAUUUCAAACCUACUUUCCCGAUAUUCCUGUAUUUUCGACUCUUGGCAAUCAUGAAAGUGUGCCAGUUAAUAGUUUUCCACCACCUUUUAUUAAAGGAGAUAAUUCUAUUGAAUGGUUAUAUACAAGGGUUGAGAAAGAUUGGAGACGUUGGCUUCCAAGAGACACGUUUGAUGAUAUUAGGAGGUGCUUUUUACACGUUGCUAUUAAAAGAAGGGCUACGCUUAAUAUCGUUAAAUAUGAAUUAUUGCAAUUAUCAAAAUUGGUGGAUGUUAAUUAA